UCCUUCCUUCCUUCCUUCCAUAUUGAAGAAGAAGAAGAAGAUACAGAGAAUCUCUAUUUAAAAGAUUCAAUUGAGAAAUGAGCAGAACCAUUCAACUGUCUAUUUGGAAGAGAAAAGGAAGAGAGAUGGAUGAAAAAGAUAUUGAUUCUCAAACAUCCUCAAUUGCAAUCACCCAAACAUCAAAAAGCAAGAUGAAGAUCAAGAGCAAGGCCAAGAAGAACAAACCAAAACAGCAUCCACUUCUGUCAUAUAAUGAACUUCCAGAGUAUAUGAAAGACAAUGAGUUCAUUCUCAACUAUUACAGAUCCGAUUGGCCUCUCAAACAAGCCCUUUUUAGUGUCUUUAGUUGGCAUAAUGAAACUCUCAAUGUUUGGACACACUUGAUUGGGUUUGGAUUAUUUCUGGGUUUAAUGAUGUCUAAUUUGGUUGAUGUUCCUCAAUUGUCUGAAUUCUUUGGUGUAUUUCCAAGUUCUUCAUCUUCUUCACCAUUGAGCUCAGAAUCUAACAUAUCACAGAAUUUAAAAGAUUUGUAUCCAGUCACAGCAAAGUUCAUCGAUCUGAACUCACCUGAAAUGGAGAUGGUUUCACCGGUUCAAAAAUGGCCAUUCUUCGUGUUUCUCGCUGGUUCAUUAUUCUGUCUUCUCUCAAGCACAACUUGCCAUCUCUUCUCUUGCCAUUCCCAUAACCUAAACGUCUUACUAUUAAGAAUGGACUACGUCGGAAUCGCAGUCAUGAUCAUAACCUCCUUCUUCCCUCCGAUCUAUUACAUCUUCCAAUGCCAACCCUUAUGGCAGAUCUUUUACCUAGCUGGAAUUUCCGUAAUGGGUACUUUCACAAUCGCUAUUUUGCUCAUGCCCAAGUUCUCCUCGAUCAAAUAUCGUUCAUUUAGGGCUUUUCUAUUUGUGGGUAUGGGUUUAUCAGGCUUGAUUCCUGCUGUUCAUGGGACAUUGGCUAAUUGGAAUGAACCGAGGAGGAAUGCGAUACUGGGAUAUGAAUCGGCCAUGGCGAUUUUUUACUUAACCGGGGCUACUUUCUACAUUUACCGGAUUCCAGAGAGGUUCAGGCCGGGUUGCUUUGAUCUGGCCGGACAUAGUCAUCAGAUAUUUCAUGUUUUUGUGGUGUUGGGAGCUUUGGCUCAUUAUGGUGCAGCCUUGAUGUUCCUUGAGUAUAGAGGUUCAGUUGGUUGCUAAUUCAUUUGUGUUUCUAAUUAUUAUGUUUUUUUUUUAUGGAUUUUUUUUAUAAGUUGUAUAGAUUAAAUAAUUGUCAUAUUAUGUCUGAAUUACAAGUUUAUUAAACACAUAAGAUGAAAUAAACUUGUUGUGACAAUAUGUUGAUCCCAUAUAUAUAGAUCAUUAGAAAUGUAACGGGGUUGUGUUGGAAUGAACUUCGAUGUAACGAGUUGUUAUGUCAAUCUCUUGGGAGAAGUAAGAACUAAAUUUUGUGUACGAUAACAUAAACUUCAUCUUGCAAUACUCAUAUUUUAAUGAAAUAUCGUGAUUUGAGUUUU